AUGCCAAAAGCCUCUCGUCGCUCAUCUGGCGCAGCGAGCGUCUCUCGCGCAGAGCCAUACCCCGCGAUCAAGCCUGGCGACAAACCAUCUACUACAUCUGCAGCGAAAAGCACGAAGAGAACAUCCUCCCAGAAAGCCUCAACUUCCUCGAAAGCCAGCGAUUCGAAAGUACUCACUGAAAAGUCGCCCAACAAGCUCAAUGUCCCCACUUUACAGACUCCGCCAAACAACAACUCUUUCCUCGAUGUAACCCUCGACACCGACGCUAUUUACGACACUUGCUCCACCGUACGUCAGAUAAUCAACGCUCUACUUGGCAAAGACAACAAAAAUCCCAAGAAUCUGAAUCCUGCCGACGUCGACAAGGAUGGGAACCCGAAGCCCUUCACCAAAGCCUCUUUCUGCCGAGCUGUUGGCUCCAGACCAGACAUGUUGCGGCGUUUCAUGGCUGCAAAAAAGAUGAUGGGUGGUGCGGAGAGUGCGAUAUAUCCACCUGCUUAUAAGUUUUUCGAGAAUAAGAGAGUGUGGGAGGGUGCGAAGAAGACGAAGACAAGAGAGAAGGUUGAGAGCGAUCGUCCACAUGGUCUCCCUCUUCGCGAACCUCAGAGUUACAAGAAUCGCAGGAAGAUCAAGCCUGUCCGUGGCAGCAGACUGGAGGAUUUCUUGGAUGAGUAUGGGCAAUGA